AUGGAAGAGAACAUCUAUGCAAAUGAUGAUUUUACACUCCCUUCAAGAAAGAGUGGAAACAGAGGCAAUUCCACAAAGGAAGGAGGCCCAGAAUCUCCUCAGCAAGGGGUAGCAGCCUCUCUCUCCAGAGGGUUCCAGGUCCUGUUGGCUGUUCUCUGCCUCACCCUGCUCUGUGCUCUGGGUGCUUUGGUGGGCCUCUAUGUCAGUAAGAGCAACCAGUUUAAUUCACUAAAGGCACACCACAGUAACCUCACAGCAAGCCUAAGAGAGGUCCAAGGUUGUAAAGCCUAUGUGGGCUGGACAUUUCAUGGGGGGAAAUGCUACUUCUUUUCUACUGGUCGAAUGAGCUGGACUCAGAGUCGAGAUCACUGUGUCUCAAUGGGAGGUCACCUGGUCAUCGUCAACAGCCAAGAGGAACAGAAAUUUUUGUAUUCAAGCACUGAAAAUAAGACACACUGGAUCGGACUGAAUGACUUGGAGACUGAAGGACGGUGGCUCUGGGUGGACAACAAGCCUCUGAAUCAAACUGGAGUGCAAUUCUGGUGGUUGAGGUCAAAAGAGAAAGAUGAGCCUGAUAACUGGACCGAGCAGAACCCUUCAGGAGAGGACUGUGCUGCUCUGGGGAAUGACAACAUUGGGACACAUGUGUGGUUUGAUGACUCUUGUGAAAAGAUGAAGAGAUUUGUCUGUGAGAAACUUAUUGCCAGUUAACAUCUUUAUCUUUAAUGUUGAAUAAUAAUGCAAUUUUGACUGAGUUAAUAUUAAAUGACACCAGUAAUGUAGUUUGUUUUUUGAAAAAUGGUCUGCUAGAGCAGGGGUAUUCAAUCAGGGGUCCUCGGCCCCCUAGUGGUCU